AUGCCGGCUGCAAGACACGUUUCGGACAUGCCUGACCAGCCUCACCAGCAGCCCCCGAAAGCCCACCAUCAUGGUGGCUUUCGAAUGCCAGCGGAAAGAGCGCGCCACUCACACACCCUGAUGGCUUUUCCCAGCAUUGAAUCGGCAGAAAGCGCAGAGCAUCUGGAGGCCCUACAAUCCGAAGUGACAAGCAUCGCCAAUGCGAUCUCCCGCUUCGAGCCCGUCCACCUCUACGCCCGGGAGGAACUCAUCUCACAGGCAACAGCCAUGGUUAGCAGCAAUGUCUCAGUCAAGCCAGCGAUGGUCAGCGAGCUCUGGAUUCGGGACAGCGGGCCGGUCUUCGUGCAAGACUUGUCGACAGGCAAACGGACCGCUGUCAAGUUCAAUUUCAAUUACUGGGGCGGCAAGCUCCCCGCGAUUGGCGACGAGGGCAUCGCGGCCCAAAUAGCCACACACGCAAACGAAGCCUCCGUAUCCUCGAAACUGACCAUGGAAGGAGGCGGCAUCGAGCACGACGGCGAAGGAACAUUUCUGGGUACGGAGAGCUGCAUCAUCAACGACAACCGGAACCCUGGACUCUCCAAGUCGGACGCCGAAGCUGAGCUUGAAGACAAGCUUGGAGUCACGCACUUCAUUUGGAUUCCUGGCGUCAAGGGCUACGACAUUACAGACUACCACAUCGACGCGCUAGCACGCUUCACGUCGCCGGGAGUCGUGCUCCUCAGCAAGCCCGGGCCGAACGCUCAUGCCACUGCAAUCGACGUCUACAACUCUGCCCGGUCUAUCCUCACAUCUGCGAGGGACGCGAAGGGCCGAACUUUGACGGUCCACGACUGCGAGGAGCCUGACACAACACUACUCGGCUCACCAGACAAGUUCAACGAGGUCAUCGGAUCGUACGCCAAUUACCUCCUCGUGAACGGAGGCGUCAUCGCGCCCAAAUUCGGGCAGGAAAAGCAGGACACUGCGGCCUUGGAGUUGUUCAAGAGGCUGUUUCCUGACAGAGAGGUGGUGCAGGUGCCCAUCAACAUGUUGCCGAGGACAGGUGGCGGGAUCCAUUGUGCAACGCAGCAGGUUCCGGAGAUCUGA